AUGAUUCAGGAAACCACCGUUCGCAAGCGAUCCUCUGGGUCCUCCUCGAGACGCAAGAAGUCACAACGACUGAAAAUCAACCCACCAAAACCCCACAGGCUGAUACUACAUCCACCAAAGCCACCUCAACAGCAGCAAACAAAGUUGAAAAUGGUCCUGCGCCGUCAAAAGUCUCCUUCACCUGAGCCCCGCUCUUCUCCCUCUGGAACGCUUCUUGGAAAUGGAGAAGAUGCCUCGUAUAACUAUGGCGAUAUCUGCAAAGUGCAAGCUAUCAUGAAAGUCUUCAAUGGUACCUCGAGUGCGACCAGGAAAGUUGAGGUGAACGAGAAGAAGCUCAACAAGAAUGAGCCACUGCCUAGCGACACGACCAUGUAUGAGACAAAUGCUGCAACGGAAGAUAUGAGAGCCAAGUUAGAAAUGAACGAUGUCCUGCAAGAAGCCCUUAAUUGCGAUCAUUGCGAGAAGACAAUGCGCCUCAAACCUGAGGCCAUGGAGUCAGAUAUCCUCCAUGGAAUUUACCGAUGCUAUGAAGACCCUCCAUUUCUUCUCAGUCAACCUUAUGAUGAAGAUGAUGUGGCUCCAGACGAGAUGCCCAGGGAAAACAACGAACCGGGCUAUCUGCACUUGGCAACAACAGCCCAGCAAGAGAAGUAUCUUCAACUGGUGGAACAUUUCAUUGCCCGCAACCGUGAGAGGAAGGUCUUUCGGAAUAUGCGAGAGGAAAUAGAUCAGGGCUACGAAUCUAAAUUUGCCUUUUACUGUGUGGACUAUCAUAUCCACCAGCAUUUUAUUCACAAACGCAGUAUUCUCAACUACUGUCGAACAAACGAAGAGAUGGAUGAGGUCCAAUCAUGGAAGAAAAACCUGGCAAAAUGGGUUGCACAGAAUAACGCCCAACUUGCAAUCCAAUCAAAAGAAAUGCAGGAUGAGAGUGAGUUUACUGUGACCGCAUCUAACACGACGGCUCCAAUCCAGGUCGCCCGAAAACAAAACCCUGGAGCAUUCGUCCCAUUUUCCACAUCGACUACUUUCUCAGGAGAAGAGCCGCCAUCAUCCCGGAACUCAUCCAUCUUCUCCUCUUCAAUGUUCCCUUCUUCCCCCUCAACAACAGCCUCAUCACCACCAAAAGCUGGCUCAUUCCCCAACCUACCACCACCAAUCACUCUUCCAUGGCCCAAGGAGCAAGCCGCUUUUUCAAAUCAAAUCAACCUGCAUCGUCAUCUGACUAAUCCACACGAAAGGGCAGCACGAGUCCUAAAAGUCCGCGAACGGUACCAGAAAACAAUGAAAAAGCGCGCCGAACAACGCCGUGAUGGUCUCAUUAUAGCCAACUACGAAGCGGCGUUUGCGCAACAAAAGUGGCAGCGUGGUAGAGGAGGGCCACUCGCCAUGCAACGACAGGGGAGUAUUGGGGAGCUGUUGAAAGAAUACAACCGUUGA